GGGUGGGAAAGUAAAACGCAAGAAAAUUGAAAGCAAAUUAGGGUGGGAUGUGAGGUUUUAAGUCUGUCAUAUUUUCUUGGGGUUCAUUGCUAUAAGAAGGCAGGGUUUAGGUCUAGAGCGAGAGGUCUCUUGUUCGUGGGUAGGCGGUGUCAUUGGGAGAUAUGAAGUGAAAUGGUAGGGUAAAGGCAGGCAGUGGAGAGCGAUGGGAAGGUUCAGUCCAAGGCGAAGUAGGAGGAGUCGUAGCAGGAGUUACAGUCCGCGAGGGCGUGGCAUUAGUAGAAGUAGAAGCGGGAGCCCUCCCGUUAGAAGGAAAAGAUACGAUGACCCAAGGGACAGGUACAGGGACAGGGAAAGGCACAGCAACAGGUUUAGAGACAGAGACAGGCGUUCCUCCGGUCCUUCUGGCCUUCUCAUUCGAAACAUCUCUUUGGAUGCCAGGCCUGAAGAUCUUAGGAUCCCCUUUGAGCGCUUUGGCCCUGUGAAGGAUGUUUACCUUCCAAAGAAUUACUACACUGGGGAGCCUAGGGGCUUUGGAUUUGUAAAGUUCCGAAAUCCGGAUGAUGCAGCUGAAGCCAAGCAACAAAUGAAUCAUCAAAUCAUUGGUGGCCGUGAGAUUACAAUCGUCUUUGCUGAAGAAAAUAGAAAGACUCCACAAGAAAUGCGCGUGAAUGCACGUGUAAGUGGCAGGUAUAUGGGAGGAAGUUUAAGAAGGCGUACACCACUGAGAUCUCCAAGACGUCGAUAUCGUUCAUAUUCCCGUACCCCUACUUCUCCCAGGCAUGACUCAAGAGACAGGGGUAGGGAUGACUACUAUUCUGAUCAGAGAUCCCCCUCACCACCCUCAGAUAGGGAGGAGUACAAGCCAAGACGCAGGUCAGUGAGUCCCAGGUCCCUCUCACUCUCAGAUCGCGAUGAAAGGGAGGAGUAUAAGCCACGACGCAGGUCACCAAGUCCAAGGUCUCUCUCACCAUCAGAUCGUAAUGAGAGGGAGGAGUAUAAGCCACGAUGCAGCUCACCAAUUUCAAGAUCUCUCUCACCAUCAGAUCAUAAUGAAAGGGAGGAAUAUAAGCCACGUCGCAGGACACCAAGUUCAACCUCCCCUGCUGAUCGGGAUGAAACAGAGGAUUACAGGCCAAGACACAGGUCACCGAGUCCAAGGUUCCCCUCUCCAGUUCGAGGGGAUUAUAAGUCACAACGCGGAUUACCGAGUCCUGAUGAGAAUGGGAGUCGUCCAGGCAGGUCGACUCGUUCUUACAGCAAGUGUCAUUUCUUCUGCAGCAGCCCUUCCUGAUGGUUGGUGGUGCUGGGAGAUCGAGCUGUGGAAGCAUGCGAGCUCACACUUAGAAAUAGGAGUUGGCUUUGCUUUUCCGUAGAAACUUUUGUUUCUUAGCUACAUGGUUUUGAGGGAGUGGAUUGGUGGUAGGUCCGCUUUUAUAAUCUGAUGAGAUUACUCCCUGUUGUAUGUUCAUAGUUUAAUUAUGAAACGCUAUAUAGUUAUUUUUCUUUUUUAUUUUUAUUUUAUUGUUAUGAAUGGAAGAACAUCUUCUGACUCUAAAUAUAUUGACGCAUAUGAGAUUGUUGUUGAGCUGAACUAUAUUCAGGAUAACUUAGGCAUUUCAGAUCUUUUACAUUCGUGUAAAUGGCUACUUCUAUUAGAACAUGAAAAGCUCGCUGUUAGAUGGGCCUUCCAUUGUU